CAAGCACAGAGUAACAGACACUCAAAACAGAGGCCCAAAGCCGAACCGACGAACCAAGAGCAUAACAGUUAGAAGAGGAAGACAAAAAUCAGUUAUCUGGUAAAUCAAAGAUGUCGUUCCACAACGUCCUCCGAACCCUGAAAACUGUGAAAGUAAGAACCCAAGUACCCUUUCAAGAAUUCUGUGAACUAAUCUCUGCAAUCCCAAGUCCCUCAGCUGCUCCAAAACCCUUGAAUCCCACCACCAUUUCCCUCCUGUCCAAGCUCAACCCCAACUCUCUGCACCUCAUCCUCUCAGAACCCACACUCAGCGCCUCCAAAUGCCUUGUCUUCUUCAACUUCCUCCUCAAAAACCAGUCCUUUAUCUCAUUCAAACUUGACCUCCAAGCCCACUUGACUCUCAUUUGCAGGCUUAUCAGGGCAAGAAAGAUCACACUUGCGGAGCAAGUUUUCAAGUCCAUCUCGGUUGAUCAAAAUUCCAGGUACCCAUUUCGUGCCAUUGCUUCUUGUGUUGAACUGUGUUGUCUUGAACCUGUGGUUGAAGCCAAGUUGUUCAAUUUGAUGCUUAAAAUUUACUCUGAUAUCAAAAAUUUCGAUGGAGGUUUGGAGGCUUUUGAUCACAUCAAGAGUAUUGGGAUUCGGAUAGAUGAGAGGACAUAUAAUUUUUUUUCGGUUGCUAUGAACAGAGCUGGUGAGGUGGAAAAGGGUAUAGAUUUCUUGUAUAGAUUGUUAUAUUCGGGCACUGGGGUCUCUGUGUAUUGUUUGACAGCUGUGGUGGAGGGGAUGUGUAGGAAUGGAGAGAUUAGAAGGAGUAGAGAGUUGGUGCAGGAAAUGGCUAGUAGAGGAAUUAAACCCAAUAUCAUCACAUUCAAUAUAAUGGUGGAAGCUUGUGCUAAGAGAUGGAACUUUUCGGAGUUGGAUUUGAUUUUGCCUCUGAUGGAAAAGGAAGGAGUUGCAUUUGAUGUCAAGACAUAUGAAUUCUUGAUCGAUGGCUUCACGAGCUCCGGGAAGGUAGAAGAAGCGAAAGAUUGGUUGGGGAGAUGCAUGACAAGGGAUGGAAAGUAAAAACUCAUGUAUUCAAUUUGAUAAUAAAUAGCUAUUGUAGAAAAGGUUUUCUGGAAGGUGCUCUUUCUUUGUUUUCCAAGAUGGCUGAGAGAAGUAUAUUCCAGAAUGCUGAUACAUACUGGUUUCUAAUAAAUGGUAUUUGCAAGGUUGGAGAGAUGGGGCUGGCAAUGCAAUAUGUUAAUGAGAUGCAGAACAAGGGAUUUGAAUUAGACAAUCAUGACUGCAACAUCUUGGCUGAUGGUUUUCGCAGCAAAGGGAUGACCAACGAGCUUUUUGAGUUACAUGCGUUGAUGGAGAAAAAAAGUUCUAAAGCUAAUGGCUUUAAACAGAAGAAAAAUGGAUAGGACUUGACGAGGAAGCAGCCAGCUGUACAUAAUAAUUAAAAGCAGUAAGGGAGAUUCACUUUGGUCAUAUAUGAAGAAAUAAGGAAUUUGGUAGAAUCCUAUGAUUGUAAAGCUGUUUUAUACUGAAAGAAACGGGGGAGGGGCUAUCAUGGGAGAAUGAAGCUCGAUCAGAAUUGGGAUGGAGGAUCAGAAUUGCAUGCUGGAGCUGGAUCAUAAUCUUAGAAGUCAUCGCACAUUUAUGGUAGGGAAAGCAGAAUAUAUAGUAAACCAGUUUGAAAUAUGCUAAAUGGGUUUGUGCGGAUAGCAGUGGAUAUGCAAAAAACUCUCAAGACUGUGGAAGGAAAGAAAGAUUAAAUAUACUAGUUGAGGUCAUCACUAUGUGACUUUACUCUGCCUGUGACAACUUCGAAGAAGAUCAAUUCUUAAAUCUCCUUCUGGUUAGUAUACUUUGCAUCUCCCUUUGGUAAUGGAUUGAGAAAUGAAUAUGAUUUAGAAAUAAAGGUACCACUAUAAAAGUAUAGCUGUGUGCAUAUGUCCCUUUCCUUCAGCAGUUUUAUGUGAUUACUAUGUUUUGAUGGCUGGGGAGCAAGUGAUUCACAUCCAGUUGAACAUUGAGCACAGAGGGAUAUAGAGAGGAUUGCUGGCUUGGCAUUUUUCUAUUUAGAGAGGUUAAGCUUGCUAACCAUCAGAUGGUUUAUCUGAGAUCACCCCAGAUUUCAGAAUGUUUCACUUGGCUCAAUUGUGAAACUUGUAUCAUUUCAUGAAAUGCAGCAAUUAUGGAGGAUAUCUGUCCUUUCUACAGAACAAAGUUUUUGGUCUGGCGUGUUGUGGUUGCUGAGCUGCGUUGGAGUAGAGAGAUUAGAAGGAGAUGAGAGUUGGCAGAGGAGAUCAGAUAUCUUUACCUUCAAUAAAAUGGUGGAUGCUUGUGCUAAGAGAUGGAACUUUUUGGAGUUGGAUCUUAUAUUGCUUUUGUUGGCAAAGGAAGGAGUGGCAUUUGAGGCCAAGACACAUCAAGCUGUCUUAAAGAAAUUCGCUGUCAGAGAAAUUUCUCAGGGACACUUCUCAGUAUUCAGUUUGAUUUUUGUUUUUUUUUUGGUGCAAAGUCUCAAGGCACCAAGCAGCUUAGACUUAUGGAGUGCAGGAUGUGCUCAUCAAUCAGAGAAUUCUCAACAUGUUCCAACUUUCAUGUUCAGGCGUUCAGCCAUUGGCUACCUUUCAUUAUAGUACGUAAAACAUAGAUACACCUAUCAUUCUACAUAAAAUCAUACGAUAUCUGGGCAAUCAACUCCAAUGACCCGUAAGUACACUCUCAGGAAAUCCUUGGAACUUUUAUUUCUCGAAAGAAUUCAGUUCAACAAUUAAUAUUUGAAAGACGAAACUGAAAAGCAUUUCUAGACUUUGUGGACUUCGAUAA